UUUGACCUCGGGUAUCAAGAAGGAAACAAACAUAUCAUGGCGAUCAAGUUUGCGGCUGUGGCGGUAGCAGCUCUCGCCAGCAGUGGUGCGUUCGGCAUGCACCUUCCCCCUCAACAUGCGCGAGGUGGCGAACUCUUCGCGGACCUCGUGAAGGACUCGUUCAUCUCGUUGGAUGCGACGGCGUCCCCGAAAGCGCAAUGGUUUCAACAACAACUGGACCACUUCACGACCGAGGCACCGCUGCACUUCUUGCAGCGAUAUUACGUCGACGACACGUAUUGGGGCAACCAUGACGGGAACCCCAUCAUUCUGUACAUUGGCGGCGAGGGCGCGAUGGACAAGAUGCCCAAGGGAUAUGUUGAUGUGCUCGCCAAGGAACACAAGGCCAAAGUUGUCGCGUUGGAGCAUCGAUUCUACGGCCAAAGCACGCCCAAGAACGAUCUGUCGACGGAAAACUUGCGCUUUCUGACGGUGGAACAAGCGCUGGCCGACCUGAACCACUUCAUCCACGCAUACACGACGGAACUCACGACCAAAGCCAACCCGUGGAUCGCCGUGGGUGGGUCGUACCCUGGCGCGCUCUCUGCGUGGUUUCGUAUCGCGUACCCCAAUGCAACUGUCGCGGCGAUUUCAUCGUCGGGGGUCGUGAACCCCAUCUACAACUUUCACGGGUUCGACGAACAGGUGGCGGAAUCGGUCGGCGCGGAAUGUGCAGAUGCCUUGCGCAGCAUCACGUCGGCGUACGAAGGCGAAAUCGCCGCUGGGCGCGGCCAUCAAGUCAAGGCGCUGCUGGGGGCACAAGCAUUGAGCGACCCCGACUUCUUCUACAUGUUGGCGGAUGCGGCGGCGAUGGCCGUGCAAUAUGGCACCAAGGACAAACUGUGCGGGCCGAUGCUGGCGGCCGUCAAGGCCAACGUGUCAUUGACGCACGCGUUUGCCAACUACACGCUGGUGAAAUACGGCCACGCGUUUGGCUUUGGAUGCUUUUACGACACGGGAUGCUUGAAGUCGAACGUGGACCGGUGGCCCGAAGGUCGGUCGUGGCGGUGGCAAAAGUGUUCCCAGUUGGCGUACUUCCAGGUGGCGCCGCAUGCCGGCAGCCUCCGGUCGUCUAUUGUCAACUUGGACUACCACGAACAGCAAUGCUUUGACAUCUUUGGAGACGCUGUGGACCCGUCGGCGGGCGUGGCGGACAACAUCCAGCGCUACGGCGGGGACAAACCGAAAGGGCACAACAUCUUUUACGCCAACGCUGGCGACGACCCGUGGCAACGAGCGUCCGUCACGUCCACUUUGUCGUUGGAUCAGCCGUUCUACUUGGCCAAAUGCGAUUUGUGCGGCCAUUGCGGCGACCUCGGCGACGGCUCGGUUGAUCCUGCCCCUCGAAAGUACCAAAAGGAACUCAUUCGCGAAUACAUUGCCAAGUGGGUGGCUCCAUGGACGGCCAAGGCGGCCGCGGACGCUAAAGUGAAUGCCGCGGCGGUCACUGUCGUCCAUAAUAACGCUCCUGUGGUGGGCGAGUCGUUGAACCAAGCGAGCAACGUGUCGUUCCUGGUCCUCUUGCCUAUCCUCUGUUUAUUCCUUGCGUUCAAGGCCAUCAUGCACGUCGACUUGGUCCGUGACGCCGCGGCGACCGUGCGUACCAGUUUGUUGUGAGGACGCAGUAGUAGCAGUCGAAGCAAUGUUGUAACGAAAUGCGUGUUGCUUGCCAUGCAGAAUGAAUGAAUGGAUUGCUGGGUGUACGUCGCAAAGGAGAUCGAAGACCAGUAACGUUA